AUUGAAUUGUUUGAAAUGGAAUUAUAACUCAAAAUCAAAUCAAAUAAUAAUGAACAACAAAACAAAGCGAAAACAUUGAAAAGGUGCAAUUCUGCUGAAGAAAACAAUUUGUUUUAUUUUGCAUAAUCGUGUGGUUGGAAAAUGCUAUCAUCACUUGGCUAUUUAAUUAUUCUGGCGAUUGUGAUUGAAUCGUCAACUGUAGUGGCAACCAAUUCAACAACAAAAGAUGAAAUCUGCGAAAGAUUGCGCCAAAAUGAUGGUGCCCAUCUGAAUAUAUUGGCGGUGGGAAAAACGAAAAAGCGAUUAUUAUUGAUAACAAGUGAUUUCUAUGUCUAUGAUACACCGCUUGAAUCAUUGGAUUUGGCCAUAAAUAAAUUAUAUCUCAAAACACAACCAAUGAAAAUGUCGGAAAAAUAUUCUCAUCUUUAUCAAGAUCCACAAUUUGAACGUAUUAAAGAUGUGAUAUCCAUUGCAUGGAUUAUGAAUGAUCCGGAUAGUGAUUGGAUUUGUUUAACACCACGGUAUACAACUGGUUUAAGAGGUGUUAAUUAUGAUAUUGAUAAUUCCGAAGUGAGAUGGGGAUGGAAAUAUUUUAGUGAUAGUGAUAAUCCAAUAGUAUUGCUAUCAACAAAUCGACCAUGUCAAUAUUAUUCAUUACGGUUUCAUGAUGGUCUUUUAAUGAAUCGUUGGCAUUGUAUUGAUGGUGAUCGUGUUCGUACAACUAGUGGAAUAAUACAGAAAUAUAGAACUGAUUCGAUUUUAUGUUCAGAUUCGAGAGAUAGUGGCAAUAUUACUGCCCAAAGAUUAGUUAAAGAUGAACAAGGAAAUGUCAUAAUCAGAUGUCAUCGAGGCAAUCCAGUCAAUUGGCCAAUAGUAAAGGGAUUUGUUACCGAUGAUAAAUUUUAUCUAUUUGGUCGUUCAAAUAUCUAUAUAUUUAGUGAAGAUGUUUAUCAUAAUCAAGGUAAAGAAUAUCCGGUGGAAAAACGUAGUUAUGAUUCCUUUUUUAAUUGUGCCGGUAUUAUUCCACCAAGUGCUCUUUCCAAAUCCUAUUUUUAUCUGAUAAUGGGGGCAAUCAUACUGUUAUUGUUGAUAUUGAUGAUAAUAUUAUGGUGUAUAUUGGUCACUCGUCGUCGUCAUCGUCGUCCAGCAAUGGUGUCAUUGAUACAUGGAAAAACCACACGUUCAGGACUGAGUGACGUAUUGAAUAUGGCAAAAGUGUCAACAAAUAUGGCAAAAGUGUCAACAAAUAUGGCAAAAGUAUCAACAAAUAUGGCCACUACAAGAAGUAAAAGUAUGACACAACAAACCAUCCAAUCUAUUUCGAGGGUAAGCAGUCAUCCAAAUCGACCAUCAACCUUAUCGGGUGGAUUAUCGGGUGGAUCAGCGCACGUAACGGCUCGCACUGGCCUUGAUCUUAAAGCCAAUAGCGAAAAGAUCGGAACUAGCCCCAGUAAACCUAAUCAAUUGAAACGUUUAACAAUCAUACCAAGCAGUCGUCAUGGUGGAUCGAGCACAGCAUGAACAAUUCAUUUGAUUUGUAAUUUUGCUUUUAGUAAAUAAUUAAAAUAAAGAAGCAUUCUAAUAACUAA